GCCCGCACCCGCUACCAUGUCGGGCCCGCGACCCGCCGCGGCGGCGGCUGCGGCGGCGGUGGCAGCGAACCCUAGCGCGUCCCCCACGCGGCCUCCCCUUCCUCUUCCUCCUCCGGCGGCGUCCAGGUCGUCUGCGGCGGCGGCGGCGGCCAGGGUGCGGGAGGAAGGGGAGGUCUCCUCCGGCGCCGACGACGAUGAGUCUCUGCGAACUCGGUUUACUGCUCCAUCCAAUGUUUCCAAAUAUGCGGAUGCUUCUGCGCAAGUGCUGUCAGCAUCUCUCCCUGGUAAAGGCAGUAAUAGCUUGAAUCUCUCAAGUGUUUUUCCUCACAAAACAGUUGCUCCAAGUUAUAAGAAGACAACGCGGGUGAAUCAAGGGCUUUUCAAACCUGGCACCAAUCGAAACCUUAGUUGGCAAAAGCCUGUGUCAAGUGAUAACCUUGUGAUAAGUUUCUCUGAUGAUGAUAGUGGGUCCGACUCUGGAAAGUCAAAGCAAGAUAAGAGUAGAGGCAGGAAAGACAGUUCACAAGAUACACAUAAAGCAUUGAUUAAUGUGCACACUGGAAUUAUGAGGGAGGAAGCACCUCAACAGAAAAUCCAUGCUGCAAAGGUUGGAUCUGCAAGUUGGUCAGCUGUUCCACUAACAUUCAGGAAUUCAGUGGUAGGCAGGGGAUCGAGUGCCACCUUUCCUAGGAGAGAUCCACCAGCUCGGCAAAUCACUCCCCAAAAGGCUUUCCAUAAGGAUGGAAAUGUUAUGGGAGUAAGUUCAGCAGUUCAUAAUUUGGAAAGCUUGCGCCACAAAAUUGCUGCUAGAGAAAAUGAAUUGAAAGUAAAAAGACCGAUGUCACCUGGUCUUUUGAAGGACUCAAGUCUUCCCACUGGCCAUUCAAGGUUACCCUCGGAGAAGGUAGGAUUUGAAGCUUCUAGCAUUGGUGCAUGUUCGCGCCUUAAUGAUCCUGUUGCACAUGAUGGUAGACCAACCAAAAGGUUGAAACCCAAUCCGGAGUGCUCCAACAACCAAGUUCUUGUUAAUCAUAUACCACCUGUACCUUCUGGCAAGUCACUGGGGAAAAGCAAUGUGCAAUCCUCUAAAAGAAGGGAGCACAUUGAAAAUGGAAUUACCAUGGAUUGCGAUGUUAAUGAAGCAAUUUGUGCUGUAACAACAGAACCAUUGGAUGGGCAUCAUAAUGGUGCCAUUAAGAGCCUUUCAUUGUCCAAAAUACAGCAUACAAUUAUACAGGGUGCUGACAACCAUGCUACAGGUAAACAUUGUCCGGCAGCACCACCAACUCUGAAUGAGCAAUCUGCAGUGGAAGAUGCUAACACUCUGGUGCCUAUUACUUCUGCCCAAGCUGGUGCUAGUGUAGAAACGCCAUCUAUUCAACUGAAGGAUCACAUGCUUUCUAUGUUGAAUGGGCAACAUGUAAUCCCUUCUGAUACAGCAACUGUGUCAAACCUGAGACAGUACUUGCGACCUGGAGUGGAGAAUGCUGAAUUGAACUAUGGUGACCAGAUAGCUAUCACAGGGCAGAACACGUCAUUGCUCUCUCUGCUUGAAAUGGAGGAACUUCAAGAGAGGGAGCUGGAGGAUGCUCAAGAGCAUAGAAGGAGGUGUGAGGUAGAGGAAAGAGAAGCUCUAAGAGCUUAUCGCAGAGCACAAAGAGCUUUAAUUGAGGCCAAUGAAAGAUGUGCCAUUCUUCGUAGAAAAAGAGAGGCUUGCUCUGCACAAGUCCAUGGUUUUAUUGCUGAAAAUUCUUCCUUGACGCAGCCUUUGAGUAUUCAGAAUGCUAGAAAAGGUCUUGUAAUGCCAUCAAAACUCAACUCUCAGACUAAUGCAGAUCAGGUACCUGGAAAUCAGGGUGGCAGGUCUGGCAGUCCAUGCCCAGACGAGUCCCCUCAGCAGCCAGUUGAUAAGCAUGAGGCGCGCUCUCACAAUUUUGAUGAGCUUGCUGCCAGCACUGGUGAUCCAAAAUUCGUGAGUACUGUCAAUGGUAACGGUACACCUUCAGAUUACAUGGAGGAAGAUCUUCUAUUCCCUUCCUCAAAUCGGGCACGAUCAGAUAGUCUUUCAAAUCUGGAAGAUCACAUAGAAGAAACUAUACAUGUAUAUCAGGUGGAAAACAGACAAAUCUCUGAUGAAAGUGUGCAGGACUAUGAGCUUUUGGAAGCUUCUUUGAGGUCAAGGUUGGUGGAAAGAUUUGGGAAGAAAUCAUAUUUGAAUAAUGCUGAAGCCACUGAAGAAUUCUCCUUUGGAAAAGUCUCAGAUGUGGGACCUCUGUUACAGGAAGCUGAUGACAACGUUAUGACAAAUCUUGAAGGUACAGUGGAUCUUGGGAAUGAUGGGCAUGAAAAGAUAGCUGAUUCUAGCAAUGCACCUUCAAUUGGCAAUUGUGAUCAUGAAGAAAAUAUUUUGUCUUCUCGAGAAUUAUGCCUGCCGUUGGGUUUGACUCAUCUCAUAUUUCCUUCUUCAGCUCCACAAAAUGCUGCAAGACACAUGAAGAAUGUAUUUCCUGGUUUACACAAGAAAGCUGCAGACGACAAAAAUGAUUGUGAGAUCAGCAAUGCAGCAUCUGUAACAACAGUUAGUGUGCCAGAUGUGGCACAGGACCAUGCCAAGGAUAAUGCUAAGAUUCACUCAACAACUUGUAAGGAUAAUGCCAUUGUGAGCAGUGGGAUUGAUCCCUUCUGGCCUUUCUGCAUGUUUGAGCUUCGAGGAAAAUGUAAUGAUGAGGAAUGUCCAUGGCAACAUGUUGAACAUCAUUCUUGGAGAAAGUCAAAGCAUACAAAAGAUUCAAAGCCCUCGGUUUCAGGACGGAUUCCUUAUGGUCUGUUUCGGCAUAUUCUGCCCAUGCCAACUUAUCGUGUUGGUUCCAAUCUUGUUAGAGCUGAUCUGAACUUGAUUCAGUCGGUGUUGGCUAGCAGCAUUUGGCAGUAUUGGCAAAGGGGGUUUUGUGCUUCCUUUCCUUUACCUUUAUCUGUCCAAAGAGUGCUUCCAUCAGAUGCUCCAUUCUUGCAGGCUGGUGAUGAUUCGAUUGCAAGUUUUGACAGAGACAGACAACUAUUAAGUUUCCGAAUGCUGGAUAGUAGGAAGAAUAAGAUUAUGCAGGGAUCUGUUGAUGCUGAACUAUUCUUAGAGGGGGCACUAAUUAUUUAUUUUGGAAAAUUCAACAAACCUGACAGGCUCAAGGCUCUUUUAUAUCUAGCACGUGCUAUUGAGGCUGAUCCAAGCACAGUUAUCUUGUGGGUGUUUUAUCUUCAUAUUUACUAUCAAAAGGAUGAAGGACUAGGGAAAGAUGACAUGUUUUCCCAUGCGGUGCAACACAACGUUUGCUGCUAUGAGCUAUGGCUUAUGUAUAUUAACAGUAGGUUGCGUUUUGACGAUCGAUUGGAUGCUUAUAAUGAUGCUUUGAGCAUGCUUUGCCAAAGGACAGCCAACACCGACAUGGAAUUGAAAGAUAGAAGUGCUUUUGUGCUAGAUAUCUUCUUACAGAUGGUUUACUUCUUGUGCAUGUCUGGAAAUGUGGACAAAGCGAUUUCUAGGAUAUAUGGGAUUCUGCCUACUGCAACUCCUGACUGCUCUGGUGACAAGUUGCUAGCUGACGUCAUUUCUUGCUUGACCAUUUCUGACAGAUGCAUAUUUUGGAUUUCCUGCCUAUAUGUCUCAAUUUACAGGAAACUUCCAGAGGAAAUUAUUGAUCAACUGGAAUUUCUGAAGGAUUUACCUGAUGCGCUAGUGUGGUCUCCUAUUGAACUCACAGUAGGUAACAGAAGUCAGAUUUUAGUGCUACUGAACUAUGCUGCUAGAAAGAUUGCUGUAGAUAUUAACGAGACAGUUGAAAAUGGGGAUCCAUCUUACCUGAAACUCUCUCAAUUCCUCACUGUUAACCACAUUAGUUGUCUUGCUGCUCUUGAAGGCUUCCAAUCUUGUGCUAAUCUGUUGGUGAAGUAUAUGGAGGAAUACCCAAUGUGUCCUCAUAUUCUUGUUUUCUCAGCUCGGCUAGAUAAAAAGUACGGUUCAUGUCCUGGUCUGAAAGGGUUUGAGGAGUUGCUUCUGGGUUGGCCUAAAGAGGUUCAAGGAAGUCAGUAUCUGUGGAACCAAUAUGCUGAGCAUGCUUUGGCUGAUAAUGUCGAGCUAGCUGAGAAGGUGCUAACUCAGUGGUUUGAAGAAUGUGGAAAAGAGAGUGGUAUGCAAAGUGAUCGUGAUACUGGUGCAGUGGAAAUAAACAAUGAAGAGUUUGUACGUCCAUCAGUUUCCUCUAUACAAGAAGUUGGUUCUGGUACAUCUAGAUCAGAAGAUCACAUCUUUUGGUUAUUAAACCUCUCGUUAUACAGGAUGCUAGAGAACAACCUACAGGAAGCAAAAGUUGCCGUGGACAAGGCAUUGAAGUUAGCCCAUGGGGAGAGCUAUGAGCACUGUAUAAGGGAACAUACUGCAAUUCACACACUGGAGAAGACAUCAUCUUCUUCAGAUAUUCAAGCUCAAUCAACCUUCAGUCUUAUCAGUGGUUAUCUUGUAGAUCAACGGAACCUGCCCAUGAAGGAUCUGCUGUCAAGACGGUUUAUGAAGAAUGUUAAGAAGCACCGGCUUAGGAAGUUGAUAGAUGAUAUUAUAGGCCCAACAUCUGCGGAUUCUUCUCUGAUAAACGCUGUCCUCGAAGUGUGCUAUGGUCCGUCUCUCCUCCCAGAAAAGAUAGUUGAAGUGAAGAACCUGGUUGAUUUUGUUGAAUCAGUGAUGGAGGUUCUUCCUGCAAACUAUCGUCUAGCCUUGGCAGUUGGUAAAUUCGUGGUUAAGCAUUGUUCAAGUCCUGACCCUACUUCCAUUGGCACCCGGUUCUGGGCAAGCUCCGUUCUGAUCAACGCCAUUUUCCGAGCUGUUCCUGUUGCGCCAGAAUCAGUAUGGUUAGAAGGUGCCAGUCUCCUUGAGAAACUGCAGGCUGCAGAGACAGUGAAGAGGUUCUACCAGCAGGCAACUUCAGUCUACCCCUUCUCCUUCAAGCUAUGGCACGCCUACCUGAACUCCUGUAAGACCAGUGGGAACAGCACGGACAGCAUCGCCGAAGCUGCGAGGCAACGGGGCAUCGAGCUGAAUGUAAACGCCUCCCUAGCAUAGCGUCCCUCGGUUCGAUGACUUGGCGGUUCGCCAGCUGGAGCUGUAAUUAGUGUCGUUUUUUACUGGAAGGUGAAGUAGAUAUACUGGUGGCGAUGGGGCGAUUGGAUAGUUUUCUUCUUGUUUAGGUACAGGUUUAGCGAUACAUAGCGGUGGUGGAUACCGUACAUCACAGGAGCAGAUUUACUGGAGUGACUUAUGUCCCAAAAGGAAAAAAGAUGCAUGCAUAAGGGUUGCAUGCCACUACACAAGUGGAGUUUUGGCUGACUUGAGUAUAUGUUAGGCAGAGUUCUUGAUGUGUUUCAGUUUUUAUGUUUGUUUACCCUGUUGAAGUGUAUGGCAUGCAUAACCUUGUUUUUGAAACAUUAUGAUCAAUGAAUGUGAAUGAAAAUUUUGAUUAA